AUGGAUCUAAACAAGUUACGAGUACCAGAUUUGCUACUUUUGCUCGAGGAAUUGGGAGGUAGUGCAGGGCAGGUGAAACGGAAGCCGAAGAUCAUUGAGCUCAUUCAGGGAAUUGGAGCGGACAAUGAGGAACUUCAGGAAUGUUGGGAGAUGAUAGUACAAAGAAAGCAGGACGAGGAAAAGGCUAAGCAGGAGCGCGCCGAAAGAGAAAAACGCGAAUACCAUAUGACCUUAAAGAAGAUCGAGUUGGAAAGGUUGAAACUUGAAAGAGAAGGAGUCAGUCGCCCCGUGUCAAGAAAUGGGGAGAGAGACCAGUUCAAAAUCAAAGACCUCUUGCAACCAUACAAAAUUGGCGAGGGUAUUGGUUUGUUUCUGGUCAACUUUGAGAGGACUUGCGAAAAAGUUGGUUUCGAACAUGUCGUAGCGCGCUUGACUAAAGAAGAUGCCGAGAGCUACGAUAAGACAAAGUCAGCUCUUCUAAAAAAGUUUAGGCUUUCCACAGAAGCAUUUCGUCAGCGUUUUCGCACAUCAGAAAAGAGGGCCGAGCAGUCGUACCCGGAGUUCGCAUAUAGUCUCAAAGCCAAUCUAGUGGAAUGGCUAAAAAGCGCCGAAGUGCACGGAAAUCAUGACAAAGUAAUUGAGUGCAUAGCGCUCGAACAAUUCUAUCGUUGCAUGCCCGAGUCAGCCAGGUUUUGGGUUCAGGACAGAUUAAGUAACAUGAAUGUCCAAGAAGCCGCUGAGCUCGCAGAAGAAUAUGCAACACGUCGGAAAUUGCAAGAUGUAAGGGUGAGUCUCCCCAAAGCUCUCCUGCAAUACCUACAGGACACCCAACUGAGUGUUACGUUGUGA